AUGGCAAGCUGGAACAGCCAGUAUGGAUACAGUGUUGUUGUUGCUGGGUUUCGAACGGGCAUAACUCUGGGAGAACCUCAUGUGGUCAUUCCCGUUACAGUCGAUGCCCAAGAUCAAGGUGAGUUAGUGAAGCCGUAAUAUUUAUCAGAACACCCAGGGUGGAAGCGGGCAGAGAAUAAGAGUUCUUACUAACGCAUCAACCACUCACCUAGCACUUGCUAUUGGUUCUAAACUUUCGUUUCGCAUUCUUAGGGAUACGUGGGCGUCGCUGUAGUAAGCUUUGCAUUAAAUGAAUACAUAAAGUCCCAUAUUCCCUUUGAUUUCCAUAGCCUCGAGCUCGACGCGGUUCAAGGCUCGACUCGAAGCAUUCUUUUGCUGUCUACUGAGUUGCAGAAGGAUGUCGCGCGGUUUACGUUGAAGGCUAAACUUACAGAUGUGAGUAGCCAUUGGUUUUGUGGCGCCUGUUCUUUGGCUACUGCUCUUAUGUAG